UGAGAGAGUAUCGUGCUCAUUUUGACAGAUCCCACAACCCAGAUGCAUUGUUUUAAUCUACUCUCAACGCUCUCACAAAACAGUUCAAGGGACUAGUACAAUUCAGUGAAAGUAAAAUGGCGAAUGUUGAUUUAAUACGAAAACAAUUUUUUUUUGUAAAAACCGUCUAACACUUUUGACGACAUUUCAUCCUUGUUAAAGUUACAUUCUCCAUCAAACAAAAUCAACCCACAAAAUGAACUCGCCACCGUACCACAAUUCGACAAAGAGAUCCCGUCUGACAGCGACUGAUGCAUCUAUCGUACAAUCCGAAAAGGAAAUGCUUGAGAAUUCGUCGUACAUCAUCAACACCUACGUUGAAAUGACAAAUGAAGAACUUCAGACGUGGCAAAAGUCCGUCAUGAACCGAUGUUUGCAUGAAAAUAAAGUCAAUUACCUUCUCGACCAGCUGAAGAGUAUGGACCCAACCGAUUUCAAUUAUCCAGCCACCCGAUUUUAUCAUUCGAAUUCGGUUAUGGGCCGGACGCGAUCAUUGAGUUUCGAAGACUGUGCUAUCUCAAUGGCAAUCGACAACUGUGGAUUACAACAAACAAGCGGAUCAGACGUUGUGUUGGACUCGAUGCGUAACGAUAGUACAGAAGUGACUGUUGCGAACAGAGCAGUACGAGCACCGGACCCGAUAAACCAUUCGAAUUUCAUUGAGACAGCUGUUGCGGUAGCUAUACAAGAAAAGGGGCUGUCGCCUAGUAACAUUCAAGUGUCGCCGAACAGAUAGUUUAGUGUGUUCGGAUGUAAUUGAAACAUUGUUGAGUGGGUAUGUGAUUUAAAGUUCUCUGUUCUUGUUGACGCUUUCCCGCCCGGGGGGAAACGCAUUAAAAUAAACACCUCAAAGGUGGCGAAUCUGUCGAUGAGUCAUUACGCUAACAGAACUUUUGUUUCUUAAUUUCCAUAGUGCAACGGUCCUUUAUUACUGAUCCAUUUACCAUUCGCUUAUUGAAUUGAACGAUCACCGUUCUCAUAAAAGAUUUUCUCGUCAUAGUAAAACAGAACGGACGGCUUUAUCACCAGUUAUCGACAACGACGACAACAAUAAAUACAGAGAUCUGGCUAACGUGUGAUAGCAAAGUAGAAAUGAACUUCAUUCCCUGAAGCGAAAUUAUUUUAUUUCAGUCUGUCGAAAAUACUUAGAUCUGAAGUAAUAGAUUCGAUAACUGUCCCGAUGAUAUACUUGCCGUCUGUGGAAGGUUAAUGAAAAAAUAAAUGUUUUGUGAAGAAGCGAUGUGAUAAGAUGCUGAAAGUUGCUAUCAGUGCAAUCAUUUUCGAUAGUCUGACAAGAAAGUCAUGUCCAAUCGGAAUCUUCUCUCCGUAUUGCCAUACCACUAGGGAAGAGGUGUUCCUUUCCGUUUUAUUCCAAUUCAAAUCAAUGAUGAAUCUGGAAAUCCUGUUUACUUCUUCACAAUGAAUGAGGGAGGGACUAUUUUUGGGACAACGUUUUCCCAUAUUUUCUUGAACUUUCGAACAUUUGUCCAAAUUUUCACUUUUCCACACAAAAAAAAAUUGUGAAAAUUAAGGGAAAUAUGGGAAAUUGUUUUACCAAGAGUAUUCCCUGAUUUGUUGUGUAUCUUUUGAAUAUUUUGCGUAGCCGAACCUCCAGAAUCAGCUGGUGAUUAAGAUAGGACUACUUCAUUUCAGUGACACUAAUUAAAAGUAGGAAAAAACAAAAAAAAAGUUUCAAUUGUUGCAGUAACAGUGUCUUGUAAUUUUAGAAAUUAUUUUAAUUGUGCGUACUAAUUGUUAGGCUUAGUGGACCGUUCUAUUUUAAUUUACAUUUCAAAAUCUCAUCUGAAACAUUUUUUUUUAUUUUUCGAUUUUAUUUUUUCAUAACUUAAGUAGAUCGUAAAACGUGGAGCAGUUAUUUAUAUGUACAAAAAAUAUAUUCUAUUCAAUUAAAUGCUUAUUUGAGUUAAA